AUGGAAUCCGUCGAUCCUGUCAUGUGUGCAUACAAGCUUGUCACUGUGCACUUCAAAUGGUUUGGACUGCAGAAAAUGGUGGAGAGCUACACACACACGCAAUAUCCGCGUUUGUUCUCAAAGUUCCAUCGCGAAGUGUUCUGUUGGAUAGAUAACUGGUAUGGCUUAACAAUGGCGGAUAUCCGUGCCAUUGAAGCGAAAGCCCAAAAGGAGUUGGAGGAGCAACGGAGAAGUGGACAGGUGCGAGGAAUGACCGCUACAUAA